AUGCCUGAGCCGGGAGAAGCCCAAGAGCUCGAGCCUUCGGGCUGGGCCGAGCUCUUUGUCGUGCGCAACGAAGGCCCGGACUUCAACUAUCCUCUUGUUGUCGCUCGCCGACGGGCGGCGGAAGGGGAGCCUGAGUGGAUUGCAGGUGCGCUCAUUGGGGAGGCGGACGGUGGAGCCGUGAUAGUUGCUUUUCCCGGAGCUGCCUGGAAUCGACAAGCCGAUCGCAGGCGCCUGCCGACGGGCGCGUUGCAAUACCCAAAGUCUUAUCAAGUUGCUGUGGUCGCUCCCGAGAAUCGAGAGGAGAAGAUCGAGGACGUCACUGCAAAGGUUUGGAUUUUUAAGCUGGCUUCUGAUUGGCCCUUGUUCCUUGAGCUCAGGGCUGCUGGAGACGGCGACUACGAGAUCACCAGCCCCUUUGGCAAGGACAUCGGGGAAGGCCUGGAGGAUUCGGCGCCGUACGCCCCUGACUUGCAGGCCGUUGCUGAGGAGCGCUACGCUUGCCAGAGCGCCGUUGAUCUGCCUGAAUCUGUGGCGCCGGCCCCUCCUGGCUCUGACGCUGGCGGUGCGGAUUUGACCUCCAGAGUGGCGAGCUUGGAGUCAUGCCUCGGGGCCGUCAAGGCAAGCUUGGACGACAUUGCAGCGAGGCUCCCGGCCCAAGCUUCAGGGGUGUCCGCGGCCGAAACGGCUGUCCCAAAGCGGCCGUCUGCACUUCGGCCACCCAAGCCUCGAACGGAACAGGAGAAGCCUCCUGCCUUAGAUGGUUUGGACCCAGCGGUGGUGCAGGCCGCACGUACCGCGGGGAUACCCGAGGACCACUUGAAGGAGAUGGCGGCGCUGGUGGGCAAGAACCGACCCAGGACCACCGAGCGCAGCCGAGAUGUGCGGCCAACGCCUCGGAAGAAGCAAGACCCUAUCCUCGACGAGACCGAGCAGGAAGACGAGACGGAAGCGGAGCAGCCAGCCGGGGCGGGCAUGGAUCAGUUGGCCGUGGCCAUUACCAAGCUCACUUCGAUUGACAAGCCGAGGGAGCUGUCCGACGGCAUUCUGGCCAGGAUGGCAGAAGAUUUUGGCUUGCGUCGAGCUGUGCCGGGAGGCGACCGAGACGAGGUGUUGGCUCGGGCCCUUGUGGGGCUCGCUGCCAUAGAGCAGCUUUCUCUGGACAAAGGAAGCUGGACCCUGGCCGAGCCGAUGCUACUCGAGGAGCCAGCCCCUAUGGCGAGUUUUUUCGGGAGGCAGCUCCUCACAGGCAGCGAGUUGCCCUUUACGAGGCUCUUCGACAGCCGGGCCGUGGACGCUCUCGUGAGCCAGGUCAAGGACAUCGACGACUACCUCGAGCGCCGCAAGAAGCUUGGCAAGCGGGGGGCGGGGCAGACGGCGCAAGCCGACGAAGACGGAGACGAGGGCGAGAAACCAAAAACGCCUGCCAAGGGCAAAGGCAGCGGCAAACUGGUGGGGUGGUUACUUGGAGAGGCCGCCCCUUUUGCAAGUUUUUUCCGUGGCUUGGUUUCGAUAGCGCCUGCGCGGGGAGCUCCCGCGACCGCCUCUGCGUUCCCCAUGCCUUUGCCUUACCCUAAGCUCUACAAGAGGAGAGCUAGAGGACGGGCCUCUCGAACUCGCCGGGCUGAGCAGCAAGCAGUCAACCUUGUGGUGGCCAUGUUGUCUUGGCUUUCUUUGGGAUCCCCGGCGCAUUGCCCUGGCUGGCUGGCAGCUGGGACGCCGUUGACUGGAGAGCAGCGAGGGGUAGCCCGGCGCUUGGAAGCAGUUGUGCGAGUUAUCGCCCGCCACCCACCGGUGAAAUUUGAAGAUAUGGGCCGAGCUGCGGCCCGCGUGGAGACGCUAGAAGGCAGCCUCCACUGCCUUUCGGACAUUGCGGCGAAGUUUGGUUUGCUGCGCGAUAGCUAUGGCAGGCAGGCAGCUGACUUGGACGGCGCGCGGUCUGGAAGCCCUUUGCCCGGCACUUCUUCGUCAGAGCAGCUCCCUGGGGAGACUGCUUCUUUGGGUCGGGGGCGACCGGACUUGAUGCCGGAAGUUGCUGAAGCCUAUGCAGCCGGGCCUGACGCUGAGUUCUUGCAAGGACUCUUCCUAUCGGGCGAGACCGAGUUUGUGGCAAAGGAUUUGGAGGCGCACCGCUUGAAGUUGACCGGGCGACCUAGCUUCAACCCUUUGCCGCACCUUGACUUAGAAGCCGCAGCUCACUACGAGAACCCCUUUGCUUUCAUGAAGGAUCCUUCGGAGGUCUCGGAGAAGCUUCCUCGGCCGAGAUUCAGAGCGAGCCGUGAAGAAAAGCUGAAAGUUCUGGACCUCCUGGACAAGACGGGCAGGCUUACUUUUCAUCCUGCUCGGGAUGUUCUUCCUGCUUAUACCAAUGGCCUCUUUGGCCUAGUGAAGAACGUCUUGACGGGACCGUUACCCGAAGCCGUAGCCAGAGCCUAUACUGGGUUCGAGGGCGUCGAGCCUGGGCAUGGUCGCUACUACGCGGCCUUGAGCACCCUUGCGAUGGGAGACCGGAGCGCUGUCAGCUAUGGUCAAACGUCGCACGUGGCGCUCCUGCUGAAGACCGGCUUGGUCUCCAUGUCAGAACUGUUGAGUCUUGAUAACAGACCUUCGCGGGGCAGCUUUUUGACCGGGAUUUGCAUCGACGACUUGGUGACCAUCGAGAAGACCACGGCUUGCAGACCCACAACCGUUGCCGGGAGCGAGGGCGUUGUCAAGUCAGACCGUAGCAGUCAACAGACCCUCGAGAAGACAACGGCUUGCAGACCCACAACCGAGCUGGAGAGCGAGGGCCUUUCAGAAUCUAGUUGUGUCAGAAGCUCGGACGUCUUGAAGGCAAUCCGAAAGAGCUAUGCAGAGGCAGGUCUUGCACGGAACCCCGACAAAGCUUUUGAGGGGGAGGAGCAGGCUUCUUUUUGGAGGGCGAGGAUCGAUGGCAAUUCUGGUGACGUCCGUGCGCUGCCGACUCGCACUCUGCCAUUGAUCUCCUUGACUCUUGACUUGGUUCGCAUUGGCAUGGCCACGCGCGGGCUUCUUGAAGUGGUGGCGGGUUGCUAUGUUGCCGUCUUCUCUUUUCGUCGAAGGCUUUUGUCCUGCAUGGAGCUGACCUACACCGAGGGCCAAGGACUUCCUCGCCAGCAAGCCUUUACAAUGACGCCUGCGCUGAAAGACGAGCUGCUCCUUUGUGCCCUGCUGGCGCCCAUUGCUGCCGCCAACUUGCGGACAAAGCCGUCGCCUUGGUUGUCAGCUACUGAUGCGUCACUUGACUGGCAAGCUGAAGUUCGCAGCUGGAUCGGGGAAGCAUUCGGGCAAGAACUGGCCCGCCACAGCCUGAUCAAGCCGGUCUGGAACAAGCUGCUUCGGCCUACUGAGGCAGCGCAGCGUGCUGCGGGUCUCCUUGACCCCGAGGAGGAGCUCCCUGACAGCUCUUACACCUGUCAUCCUCUUUGGAUUGAGCUUGCGACUGUCCUGAAGUACGAGCCGGUCUGGAGAAAGCCUUGCCAGCGUGGGAAACACAUAAAUGUUUCCGAACUGCAGUCCGCUUUGCGAGCAGAAGCCCGUCACGUACGAUCAUGCCCUUGCACUCGUGCCAACCUUGCCUUGGAUAGCCAGGUUGCCCUUGGUGCACUCCUUACGGGCAGGUCCAGCAGCCGAUCCCUGAACAAGGAGUUGCGGAAGAGCUUGCCGGCCCACCUGGGAUACGGCUCGUUGAUGAACGUGUUCUACUACCCAAGCGACCUCAAUGCAGCCGAUGACCCUACUCGAGAUCGGCCUGUUCGAGCUACUGCCUCGUCUGCUUUGCCGGCAUGGCUUAGCAAGGCCUUCAGCGGCGACUUUGAGGAGUCUGACAAGUGGCUGGAGAAGAACAAGUCUUUGCCUGAGGAUGCUGUCGGGCUGCCGCCCGUCUCCGACUUAGUUGGCGUCGAGUACACGCCUCUGCCUCGGGCAAAGCAAAGGUCCUCGUGGAUGCGAGCUGUUCGCGAAGGCCGAGAACCGCCGAAGGUUGGCCCCGUGUGUAGGCAGGCUGCCGAGCUGAAUGCCGAGCUUCCACAGGACGUCGUCGACCUCCUUUCUGAGUUCCCAGACUACCAGUUUGUGACGACUGGUGGCCUGCCUCCUGACCGAACUCGGAAAGGUUUUGUUGACCUUUAUAGUGGGUCUUUUGGUGUGGCUCGGGCUACCGCUCGGUUAACUGGGGUUUGGGUGUUAACGUUCGAACUCCGGCGGUCUGCUGAUGAAAACCUUUUGUGCCCAGCUUUGCAGCGCCGCAUCUUGCACCUCAUUGGGGCAUUCUAUGCGGUUGGCGGAGGCCCAGUGUGCUCUUCGAUGAGCCGUGCCAUCAGACCGCCAGUGAGGUCCUCUGAGGAGCCAGAGGGCGUCACAGGCUGCCGGCCGACAAUGGUGGAGAAAGUUGAGCAAGGAAAUGGGCAUGCGAAGUUCAUGGCUGCCUGCGUCCGUGAGGCCAUCACGGUUGGCUGCGACCACUGGACGGAGAAUCCUCACACAUCGUUUCUCUGGAAGCAACCUGCUUGGGAGUCCAUCCUUGAGGAGGGCGCCGCUUCUGCUGGACAGGACCACGGCCCUUUUGUCACAGACUACUGCCGGUUCGGGGCGCUUGGGAUGAUGAUGACCAAAGCUGCGGAACCAUAUCCUCGGCCCUUGAACCACUUGUUGGCUCGAGCUUUGGCGGAAACGCUGAAGCCAAAGCGUGACAGGCAUGCCGUUGAUGCGGACUUAGAGGAGGUUGCCUUAGUUGGCGAACGCACUCGCGAGCUGCAGGGCAAGUUGGUGGCUGGCUUCUAUGACUGGUUGAGCGCCGGCCUUAGUCCCCCUGCGCUAGCCAAUGUAGAGGCCUCAGCCAUGGUUUUCUGCACGCUGCUGAGAAGUUAUGGGAACCAUUUGUUUUCGUCUGGUCAACCGCUGUACAAAUGGCGACACCUCUGCGCGUAUUAUCAGAAGAACAGACUGCUGCUGCGACCCUACCUUCCGCUUUGUUGGGACUUGACGACCCGCUGGGAACGCCUACAACCAACUGCACACCGAGAACCGGUGCCUUUGGCCGUUGCAAAGGCCAUGCUGUCGCUGGCUCUUAGCUGGAACUGGGUUCGCUUUGUGGUCGUGGCUGGACUCUCCUUUUUCGGGGCGGCUCGAAUUGGAGAGCCUCUGCGUGCUCGGCGCUCUCAGGUACUGCUGCCUAGCGACGUCCUGGACUACGACUUCGAGGCCUGCUACGUUAGAGUUGAGAACCCCAAAAGCAAGCACAGGGGUACAGGUAAGGUGCAGCACUUCGCAGUUCGUGACUCUGCUUUUGUCAAGUUUCUGGAGAAGGCGCUUCGGAAGGACGGGCCAGACACUGCGCUGUUUCCUUUGAGCCCAGCAACCUUCCGGCGGCGCUGGGAUGCGUUGCUGCAGGCAUUAGGCAUACCUCGCUCCCUGCGGCUGACACCUGGUGGACUUCGGGGCGGAGGUUGUGUCGACUUGUGCAACACUGGCGUGUCCAUCCCCAACCUGAUGUGGCAGAUGCGCAUCAAGCAGCAGACGACCUUGGAAAGCUACUUGCAGGAGGUCGCGGCCUUGAGCGUGCUGCCGGCUUUGACUCCUCAAGCUCGCAACAAAGUUGAAGCCGCUUCAGCUCUUUACCCUUUUCAGCUGCAAAAUUUCCGUGCAUAG